UCAGCCUUCAGUGAAAGUUUAGUGUUGUAUCAUAUGCGAUUAAGUGGUAUUUUAUUAAACUUGAUAAACCAAAUUUAUCGAAAAGAAUGUUUUAUUAUCCGAAUGUACUUAAUCACAGAACUGGCUGCUUCGCCACAAUAUGGCUGGCAGCCACGAAGGCCAGGAAGAUGAACCGGAGGGAUCUGCUGAAGGUGAACAUCCAGAGCACAUGCACUGACAUCAUGGACUAUGUGCUGGUACGAGUGCCUCCUCUGGCUGCAGGACUUCCUCGGCCUCGCUUCUCCCUCUACCUGUCCUCUCAGCUACAGUACGGAAUCAUCCUCGUCUUCCACCGCCAGUGCCAGCUACUGCUCGAGGAGAUCCAGGAGGCCAUUGACCGGCUGCACCGUCACCGGGUCCAGGUGCAGAUCGACAUGCUGCCCGAGGAGCUCAGACAAACUCAAACCCUUCCUGACGCUCUCGCUCUUCUGACUGAGACGGAGGGGGCGCGGGAUCCGUUCUUCGGAUCAAUAGAGUUUGGUCUGCCCAGUCCAAGUAGCCUCAUGCAGCUGGCUGAGGAAAUGGGUGUGGUUUAUCCGGAGAGGCCGGUGUCUCCGCCUUCAGAAGGCAUCACAGUGAGUCAGGAGUCGAUCACGAUCACCGAGCGAGAACCCGUCAUCAUGCCUGAGCCCGAGUUUGAAGGGGCGGAGCUACAAGAGGCCGACAUGAUCGAAAUGCUCCUGGAGCAGUCGGAUCAGUUCCCCGAGGGCGAGGACGAGCGGGAGCGCGAGGCAGAACAGGCCAGGCAGCGUGAGGGACGAGAGAGAGAGACAGAAAGGGAGAGGUGGAUAGAAGAAGAGGUUGUAGAGAGAGAGCGAGAACGAGCAGUGGCAGAAGUAGAGAGGACGAGAGACCUGACCGGGUCGACCAUCAUCAUGGAGCCGGCUCAAACCACUGAAGUGCCGAGUAGAGACAUCAUCUCUCUGCUCGAGGAGGUGGAGCCGCCCGCCGCGAUGCCCCAGCCGGCAGAGAGAGAGAGGACCCCGGAGCCCGUCCCUAUUCCGCCGUCCCCGCCCAGUCCGGAGAGGAGGAGGGAGCGAGGCGAAGAGAGUCGUCGUCUGGAGGAGGAGCUCGUCCCGAUCCCAGAGGCCCCCACAGAGGGACCACGGAGAAGGAGGAAGAGGCAGCUGGUCUUCAUGGACGAAGAAAUACAGAUAUCCCAGGAUGCACUGCAAACCCAGAUUAAUGACCCAAGCAUUGAAACCAGAUCCUUGGAUGAGGUUCUGAUCAGAGCACCUUCUCAAGUGAGCGAGCCCAAAGUACUUCUCAGUAACCCCUGCAUGAAACUUCCCCCUGAAAUUCUGGAGUUGUGGAAGCAGGGCGCAGUCGUCCAUCACACCCUUCCAUCCAAACGCCGCAGGGAAGCUGAAGAGGAGGAUCUCGAGGCUGUACGAGAGAGAGAGAGAGGAAGAGAGGAGCAUGAAGAAGGAGAGCUUAGGGAGAUGCCCACAGAGAUAGUGGAGUCGGGAAUCUCACGAUACGAUACUCCAGUUUCCUCUCUGGGGAUGGAGGUGACAGACAGAGAAGUCUCGCCCAUGGAGACGCCUGAGAUUCGUCGGUCUCCUAUUGCCGUGUCCGUGUGCGGUUUGGAGGACAUUCCAGAGGAGAGGGUUCCUGAACUCGAGGACAUCGCGAUGGAGACAGAUCCUCUCAGGCGAAUGGGCGCUAUUGGCGAGGACAAAGUGACAUUUCACUCCCUACUGCCCCCUGGUGUCAGGCGCAGAACAAUUGCUCAGGCUUUCUGGAGGCUGCUGGAACGCAUCGACAUGAAAGAGGUGACAGUGCAGCAGGACGAGCCCUACGGUGACAUCAUCAUCAUCUCCCUGUCACAGCAGCUCUGAUUCCGUGAUUUUAUCAUUGUAUAUUUUUUUUUUUUACUGUUCUAUGAGUUUAAACCUAGAUUUAUUUCUUUUAACAUUGUAAUCACUACGUUCAAGGUGAAUUAUCGCAUCUUAUUUAAAGGGAAGGUUUUAUUGUUUUAUUUAUUUGUUUAAUGAAAUCGAGUUCUGCUUAAUAAGUGAAUCUCAUCAACUAUUUUAAACAUUUUUUAUAAAAUGCAGUUUGCUAAAUAUUUGAAAUGUUUUCAUUGUCUUUUAAAUGGUUGAUUAUGAGAUUUUUAUAUCGUGUUUCUCACUUUUUUAAACAAGCAAAAAUUUCAUGAGGUUAUGUCACAGUUAAAUUCAAUCCUGUUAUGCCGUCAUUACUGUGUUUAUUUUUUUAUUGUUAGUUUUAUAAUGAUGUACUGAUGCCUCAUUCCGUGUUG